GGCGGGACGAGGGGACCCGCAAAGAAAUGGAGCGGCCGGGCGGAAGCGCUCCCGGAAACGUGCCGCUGCGCCCCUCGGACGGAGGCCGGCGGCAGCCAGAAGAGAUCAGGGGCGCCGGCUCCGCCAUGGCCAAGCAGUACGACGCGGUGGAGUGUCCCUACUGCGACGAGGUCUCCAAGUACGAGAAGCUGGCCAAGAUUGGGCAAGGCACCUUCGGGGAGGUGUUCAAAGCAAAACAUCGUCAAACAGGCAAAAAAGUUGCAUUGAAGAAGGUGUUGAUGGAGAAUGAAAAAGAGGGGUUCCCCAUCACAGCCCUACGGGAGAUCAAAAUCCUCCAACUACUCAAGCAUGAAAACGUCGUGAAUCUCAUUGAGAUCUGCAGGACCAAAGCCUCUCCGUACAACCGCUGCAAGGGCAGCAUCUACCUGGUAUUUGACUUCUGCGAGCAUGACCUGGCCGGACUCCUCAGCAAUGCCCACGUCAAGUUUACACUUUCGGAGAUCAAGAAAGUCAUGCAGAUGCUCUUGAACGGCCUGUACUACAUCCACCGUAAUAAGAUCUUGCAUCGGGACAUGAAAGCGGCCAACGUGCUUAUCACCCGCGAUGGUGUUCUGAAGUUGGCCGACUUUGGCCUGGCUCGGGCCUUCAGCCUGGCAAAGAACAGUCAGCCCAAUCGCUACACUAACAGGGUGGUGACUUUGUGGUAUCGUCCUCCGGAGCUGCUUCUGGGGGAACGGGAUUAUGGACCACCCAUUGAUCUCUGGGGCGCAGGAUGCAUAAUGGCAGAGAUGUGGACCCGAAGCCCCAUCAUGCAGGGAAACACAGAACAGCACCAGCUCACUCUCAUCAGCCAGCUUUGUGGAUGCAUCACCCCGGAGGUGUGGCCAAACAUGGAUAAGUACGAACUGUAUGAGAAGCUGGACCUGCCGAAAGGGCAGAAGCGCAAGGUGAAGGAGCGGCUAAAGGCGUACGUCAAAGACCCAUAUGCUCUGGAUCUGAUAGACAAGCUGCUGGUCCUGGAUCCUGCCCAAAGGAUAGAUAGUGAUGACGCCCUGAAUCACGACUUCUUCUGGUCCGACCCUAUGCCCUCUGAUCUCAAAAACAUGCUCUCCACCCAUAACCAAUCCAUGUUCGAGUACCUGGCUCCUCCCAGGAGGAGGGGUGGACAUAUGCCACAGCAGCCCGCCAAUCAGGGCAGGAAUCCAGUGGCGACCAAUCAGACAGAGUUUGACAGAGUGUUCUGAUGGCUGUGGACCAAGAACAAGAAUGGAGUACUGGUUUCCAUUGGAAUAACGAAAAUGAUUUGUUUCAGCUGUUGUUGUUUUUUACUGUUGCAAAGCAAAACAAAACAAAAUGAACAAAACAAAAACUGGUAGGAAGAGAACAAGACAGCUGCUGGCCAGUGUUUUAUGAGCUGCAGGGCUAGAUUUAACACUGGAAAGGUGUGUGGAGUUCUGCCUAGCUGGGCUAUCACAGACUGAAUUGCAGCUUUUCUGUGCUUGUUGAUUUCUAAAGUACUGAAACAAUCUC